UCUCUUCCUUCAGAGUACACAUCAUUAUGGAGACUCCUCUUGAGAAGGCACUGACCACCAUGGUCACCACUUUCCAUAAAUAUUCAGGGAGAGAGGGUAGCAAGUUGACCCUGAGUAGGAAAGAACUGAAGGAGCUGAUCAAGACAGAACUGAGUCUUGCAGAGAAGAUGAAGGAGAGCAGCAUUGAUAACUUGAUGAAGAGCCUGGACAAAAACAGCGACCAGGAGAUUGACUUCAAGGAGUACUCUGUGUUCCUGACCACGCUGUGCAUGGCCUACAAUGACUUCUUCUUAGAGGACAAGAAGUGACCAGCUACCCUCACCAGCAGCCCCUUGUCCUGACCUCUGCAGCCUCUUUAACUGCCCCUCCUAGGCCCCCUGCCCUUCUCUUUCUUCCAGAUGGAUUCUUCCAGCAGAGAAAUAAAGCCUUAUCCACAGC